AUGGUGGAGAGCAUAUGGAAGAGGAGAUUGGCUGAGGAUAAAAUGGAGGACGUCUGGAAAAAAGUUAAAGCCCUUAAGCCAUUGUUUAGAAGGCUUAGUAGUGAAGAAUAUAAGGUCAUAAUACAGAGAAUUGAGAAUGCUAGGAUGGAUCUCAUUACAGUACAGGAGAAGAUGCAACAACACUACACUAACAACCUUCUAGAACAAGAGAAACACACACUUCAGCAGUUAGAGAAAUGGUCAUUAAUUGGAGAGAGUAUUCUGAAGCAAAAGUCAAGGGUAAAGUGGAUCACUCUAGGUGAUGCUAACACUAAGUACUUCUCUGCUAUCAUGAAAGAAAGAAGCCACAUGAAACAGAUCCUGGAGAUUACAACUAUGGAGGGAAGGAAGCUAACUAAUCCUGCUAGCAUCAAAGAAGAGUUCAUCAACUUUUACAAAAAUCUAAUGGGAUCUUCUGCUAAGUCCUUACCAGCAAUCAACAAAGAGACUAUGCAAAAUAGUCCUAAACUCACUAAUGAUCAACAACUCAGCUUAGUUGCAGAAGUCUCAGAGGAGGAGACAUAUGAGGGUUUAUGUGCUAUCCAUGAGGACAAGGCCCCUGGGUUGACGGCUACAAUUCAUGCUUCUUUGAAAAGGCAUGGCCUAUAG